GCUUACAUUUGAUAAGCGGCAGUCGUUUGAAAGCAACUUUCGAAAGAACAAAUGAAAUGUUGAAGCUGAAGCACGAACCCAUCGCGUUUGUUGUUGAUCGCACAUAUAUUUUCGAUGGCAGCCAACACAUCAUUUAAGCCAUUGCUUUUUGUUGUUGUUCGUCUUUGUCUUCCACGGCCUUCUUUUUUGAGCUCCUCGUUUGACGCCUCUUUGUCUCGCCUCGUAAACUGUAUAUAGAUAAUGAACAAAAGAAAAGCAACGGUGACUUCGCUCUUUCCCCCUCCACAACUUUGCGCAAACUGUUGACGUGGUCGUUCACCUCUUCUGUUCCCCGUUCUAAGUAAGCUGACACUGCGUCGUUUGUAGCUCUCUCUCCUUCUCUGUAUUCUUCACCCACUUAAUUGCCUGCAUAUAUCUGCCUGAUAACUGUCAGUAAACGGCAGUGGCAUACCUCUAAUUUUCCUUUCUGUUUCGCAUUUUUGCCAUCUCGGUUGUUCUGACGCGUGUUGUGUAUCAGCUGCUUUUCUCCACAGCGUGUACUCGCUUCGUUCUUCAAAGAAGAGCGUCCUCCAAAGCAGCGCGCAACCGAGCAAAGAAGCAGCCAAAAGAAAUCAAAAAUGGAGAAAGAUGCCGACGCUUUUGGCGUCGCCUCCCGUGCAAGCAAUGGCUACGUGAAGCUGUCGGACAUGAUCGGACACAAACGUGUGGACGUCCUCACGAAGGAGCACCACGGCCCUGGCGGCCUCCUCGCCGAGCUCGGCGUGCGGGGCAGCCCGUUGGGCACCUCCGUAGACCUCAACUCGCCUGAGCAGCGCCGCGCCGCACUGCAGCGACGUGAGGUGGGCAUCCUCGUGAAUUCCGCCCUCAGUCGGCAGGUGCGGUACGGCGUCAACGUGCUACCCGAGCCGCCACGGGAGACUAUCUUUCAGUUUAUCCGAGAGUCGAUCCAGGACGACCGCGUCGUGCAGAUUUUGUUGGGAGCGGCAGUAGUGUCGAUGGUGCUUGGCAUGACCACACCGGACUUCCGCACGGGAGAGGUAGACCUGUCGACGGGCUGGAUCGAGGGGGCGGCGAUCUUCGCCUCCGUCUUCAUCGUCACGGCGGUGAACGCGGUGAACAACUACCGCAAACAGGAACAGUUUGCGGCGGUGAUGCGCGCAGAGGACGCGGCGCGGCGGCCUAUCACGACGUGGCGCUACGUCCCGCUGCACACCAGCCCCAGCAGCGAUGGUCUGGCCUGCGUGGCGAUGGAGCUGCCGAGCUCGGAGAUUGUAGUGGGCGACGUUGUGCAGGUCAGCUCCGGUAUGCAGCUGACGUUUGAUGCCGUCCUGUUGGAGAGCUUUGGCCCUAUCAUUACCGAUGAAAGCAGCGUGACCGGCGAAAACGAUGAUGUGUUGAAGCAGGUGCUGACAGAUCCCUUCCUCAUUAGCGGAUCGUCGGUGCUGGAUGGUUCGGCGGAAGGCAUGGCGCUGGUGUGUGCCGUCGGGUCGAACUCCUUCUCCGGCGAAAUUGCCAUGUCGAUUCAAACUACCGAAAAGACGAAUACGCCGCUGCAGGACCAGUUGGAGGUGAUGGCGGACGUCAUCGGCAAGUUUGGUGUAGCCGCGGCCGUGGUCACUUUCGUUUCGCUGCUUGUGAAGGAGCUCUUCAUGUACUUUGCCUACGGAACCCAACUGUACGCGAUGCGGUUCUUUGAGAACUUAACGACGGCGAUUGCGAUCGUGGUCGUGGCGGUGCCGGAGGGGCUGCCGCUGUCGGUGACGAUCUCCUUGGCGUACAGCAUGCGGCUGAUGUUGAAGGACGGCAACCUCGUGCGUCACCUCGCCGCGUGCGAGACAAUGGGCGGUGCGACCGUGCUCUGCACCGACAAGACCGGCACCCUCACCGCCCCGACGAUGCGGGUCAAACAGGUGUUCCUGGCGGCGGUCACCUACGCCAGGGACUGCGCCGGCGAGGAGAGCAGCGCCGCUUUCGCGGUGGACAGCCGUGGUGUGCCGCGACCGCAGCCACACCCUCACGCAUCGCGGUUGCUACCCGUAGGUCUGCACAGGGAUGCGGCGGCGGUCUUUGGAGGGAAUAAGGCCACGAACGGUGCCAGACCCAGCAUCGUGGUGCCCCUGCCUGCGUCCACCGUGCAGCUGCUCCUGGACUGUAUUGCCGCCAACGCCAUUGAUCCGGAGGUGGGCAAGGCCACCAACAAGACGAGCGAGGCGCUGCUGCAGCUGUGUCACAUGCUGAGCUGCACAAGCGACGCCGCCACGGCGCAGGAGUUGCAAUCCUUCUGCCACACGCGAGAUCGCAUGUUGGCGGUGCUGCAGGACCCCAGUCGCUGCCGUCGGCAUCUCUUCAGCUCGCAUAGUAAGAUGAGCCUGUGUAUGCUGCGGCUGGCCACGCCGAACGCCAGUGGUAGCAGCACCGGCGGCGGUCGCACACGCCUCUACACGACGGGUGCCGCCGAGGUGAUCUUGGCUCGCUGCACCUUGUACGUCAACGAUCACGGCAACCCCGUCCCGCUGACCGCGGAAAUGCACGCGUGCUACGAGCGCACCAUGACCCAGUACGCCGAGUCGGGGCUGCGGGCGGUGUGCUGCGCCUACCGCGACGUGCAGGGACAUGCGGAGUCAGCCUUGUGGAACCCGCCGCAGGUGCAGCAGCGUAGCGGGACUGCCGCCCCCUGCGACGGCGACUUUUGCAUGAUUGGCAUGGUGGGGUUGGAGGAGGAUGUACGGCCGGAGGUGCCCGGUGCGAUGGCGCAAUGCGUUGGCGCGGGGCUGCGCGUCAUCAUGAUCACGGGUGACGCCACGCUCACGGCGAUCAACAUUGCCCGUCGCUGUGGGCUGCUGCGGCACUCCGGUAGUCCGACGUCCGUCACCGCCACGUCGCCGACGAUGAGUUGGAGCCACUACCACCGCACGCCGAGCCCGACAGGCCUGUCCACCGCGGUCGGACUCCUCCCCGCCGCCUUCGUCGACGCCAACACGAACCCAGUCGACAGCAACAGCGACGCCGCCGUCUUUGUGAAUGCGUCCCCGCUCGGCUACGGCGACGGUGGCAGUGGCAACCCCGCGGGGGUUUUAGCCUCCGACGGCGCCUUUGGCCGCACCGCCUGGGCCGUGCAGAGCCCCCCGCCCCACGCGUCGCCGCAGCAGCUUCUGGACGGCGGCUUCGCCCUCGACGGCCCCACUUUUCGUCAGCUGAGUGACGCAGAGCUGCUGGAGCGGCACAUUCCCCACAUCCGCGUGCUGGCGCGGGCGACGCCGAUGGACAAGAAGCGCCUGCUGCACCUGCUGCGGCAGCUUGACUCGAACGCCGUCAUCGCCAUGACCGGCGACGGCACAAACGACGCCCCUGCGCUGAAGCUGAGUGACGUGGGCUUCGCGAUGAACGGCGGCAGCGAUGUAGCGAAAAGAGCCUCCGACAUCGUGCUCCUGAGCGACAACUUCAUCGGCAUGGUGAAGGCCACCAUGUGGGGCCGAAACGUGAAGGACAACAUCCGCAAGUUUUUGCAGUUCCAGCUGACGGUGAACUUUGCGGCCUGCAUCGUGUCUUUCUGCGGCGCCAUCCUGAGUGAGCAGAAUAUGUCGCCGCUGAAGCCGGUGCAGCUCCUAUGGCUGAACUUGAUCAUGGAUACGCUGGCCGCGCUGGCCCUCGCAACGGAGCUUCCCUGCGAGGCGAUGCUGCUCUCUCGCCCACCCGAGCCAAAGGACACCCCGAUCAUCGUGCCAAGCAUGUGGUUCCAAGUCGGCUUCCAAAGCACCUUUCAGCUUGUGUCUCAGCUGUUCUUGCUGAGCUGGGGAAAGUCGUUGGUGAGCCGCGAGUCCCAUGGACGUUCCACGUCCACCACCGUCACCACCGCCGCCGGUGCGGUCGUGUCCGGUGAGGUUGCCUUCAACGAAGCGCACAUCUGCUUCGUGUUCAACACUUUCGUCUGGAUGCAGAUCUUCAACUUCUUCAACGCGCGUCUGCUGCACCGCAACGAGGGCUUCUUUGCGAACUGGGCCGACAGCUCCGUGUUGCUCAUCAUCGUGAGCGUCAUUGUCGUUCUCCAGGUCGCGAUUGUGGAGUUUGGCGGCAAGAUCAUGUCCACUGUCCCCCUCACGGCCCACGAGUGGUUCUGGUCCGUCUGCAUCGCAAGCAUUACGCUGCCGGUUGGCGCGCUGGCGCGGGUGCUCUACGCGCGCUACUCCAGCCGCAACUCAAUCUGCGACGGCUGCUCCCGGGGCUUGAUAAGCCGGUUGGGGUAUCACCUGCCGGACAGCAAAUACAAGGGGACGUAA